UCUUGAAAGCUAAAACCCCCCCACGAAAACAGUGAAAGACAGAAAGAAGAAUUAGGACCACUGGGACUAAAGUUGCUAAGACACAUUUGUAAGUUUGUUUAUUUUUACAAAUUCAUAAUUUCUGUUCACAGAGACUUCUUUUUUUUCUCUCUCUCCCCCCGUCGCCUCUCUGCUGACGAAAGCCCUUAAAAAAAAAGUUUGGUGGGACGCAACAUGCAGGAGGAUUCCAAUUCCCCGUUUUCUCCCGUGGACAGUUCAAGCAACAGCGAGGAAGAGCAGGACUCACAGCAGAAGAGAAAUGGCAGAAAGAGACGCUCAGGCCAAAGGGCUCAAAGGCCCAGCACCGGGAAGAAAGGGAUGAAGAUUUCUCCCCUUGCCCAGAGCUUGGAAGACAUUCAAACGCAGCGAGUCGUGGCCAACGUGAGGGAGCGUCAGAGGACACAAUCCCUGAAUGAUGCCUUUGCAACUCUUCGGAAAAUCAUCCCCACUCUGCCUUCAGAUAAACUCAGUAAAAUCCAGAUCCUGAAACUGGCCACCAGGUACAUCGACUUCCUCUACCAGGUGCUGCAGAACGACGAGAUGGAUAGUAAGGUGACAAGCUGCAAUUAUCUUUCACACGAAAGACUCAGCUAUGCAUUUUCUGUGUGGAGGAUGGAAGAAUCCUGGCCCUUGUCUGCUGGACCUUAGCAUUUGCUGCUGAUCAGGCACAUUAAUAUGCUACGUGGGAUCUCUACACAAUGCACCAGGAGCAUUUUAAAGUUGGCCUAGCGUAAGCAAAAGUCAAGAGCACUUAACUACCAAGCUGGGGCUAUGGACGUGAGAAUACCUAGAAAUAAAUAUACUGGGACAUCAGACGACGUUAGUCUGUGGAUCCAAUGUCAUCUAUUUAUUUGCAUGUCUUCUGUAGAGCUUCAAUUCCACCGUAUAUCGUGUGGCGGGACUGGGGAAAUGUCUUUUUUUUUAAAAAAAGGAAGAAAGCCGCGGACUAAGAGAUAUAAACACAGAGCUUUGUUGUGAAAUAUUAUUUUUUAUAUUUUAAUUGGAAACGGAACUUUAUUUCCGGAGAAUGAGCUCUGAAUGUUGUGAACCGUCUUAUUAUUUUAAGAAAAGUUAUAUGGCGUUCUGUGUUUUAUAAUAAAUGCACAUUGCGAAGUUUUACCAAGUUUUGGUGUGUUUUGCAGUCGAGUUUUGGUGAAUUUAUAGCUCCCUGAGGAGCAGUGAGGCAGUCGACCGUGAAAUAAAUAUUCCCCUCAAACAGAAGUCAGAUGCUUAACAAUAGCCUUCAAGUAAAAUCAAUCUCUCUAUAUUUAAGGUAGUGGCCUCUCUAUAUUACGAGACAAAUAUACUAUACAGUUAAAAGAUAUGUUAUAACUAUAUAUACAUACGGUGUAGUUUCGAGUUUUUAAUUGAAUACAAAGUUACAGUUUUGAUUGAAUAAACAAUAUUUCAUGCAAUACCGUGUAAUUUCAGAAGUAAGAUUUCAGAUCAUUUACAACUCAAGUUUUUUUUUGGAUGCUUAUUAAAGUUUGAGAUUCGGGAGCAGAAAGUAAUUUCACCGUUAAUUAAAAAAAGAGUCGGGCAGGAUACUGGGUGUUCAAAUUUUUAUUUGUUGUUCUCCAAAAACUUAGCCUAUUACAAGAAUUUUCAGGUCGGUUUUGCAUUUGCCCAGUAAAUACAAAGACAUACUUGGUUAGAAAUCCGUUUCACGAAAUCUCAGGUGUGGUCGGAAAGUGUUACGGCGUGUUUUUAUCGGUACCUCUUAAUUUCAUCGAAAUGCCGCUUUUCCAGUCACACUUCUUCAUUCGCUAGAUUACGUGGAUUCACGGUUCACAAAAGCGCCGGUGCCUGCUCCCCGGCGCAGGUCUAGAUGGGUUUUUUUUUAAACUGAAUUUCACCAAAGCCCCAUUGAGAAGAGAGGAGAUGGGAUGACGACGGAGGAAAGAACUAAAGCAUUGAAAGUCACCCCAAGCAAAAUGAAAGUGGCAGCGGUUUGGUUUCUCACUGAGACAAGGGGUUGGAAAGGGAUGGAAACAAGAGUAUAUUGGGCCGACGGUCCAUCAAAUCACCGCAACUUUAAAAUAUACAAGAAUACUUUGUACAAAACAAAUGCAACUUUUGUUUCAUCGAAGUCAGGCUUGUAAAGUACAUUUUUGCAGGAAACUCACAUUUGCUUUUAAUCGCAAUUAUAUUUUUAUAACGUGAAACCUAACAAUUUAAAAAAAUGCAAUAAAGCUGAAUGCUGCUUUGAAAGUA